CUUUCUUGCACUGACAGUUUUACCGAGCAAAUCAGUCCAUCUGAGUCAUCGAGGAUACGAAGGGCUUUCAGGCAGGAACUUUUGUAGGGUUAGGCUGCAGCUCAUUGGCCAGUUGUUUGCUGGCGACGUCUGGCCUGGGAGCAAACACUGACGGAUCACAGAGAGCUUCACCUCGACCAUUUCCGUUAUUUCCGUUUCUGGCAGCCUGCGCCUCUACAAACGGUGGGUUUGACAAGUAUAAAGAAUCCCGCCGUGUUCGUAGCUACCGCCACUUGAUCAACCUUCCUUCCUACCAACCACCCAACCCACCCAACUCAUCACACCACCCCACGACCAUCACGACCAUCACGACCAUCACGACCAUCACAACCCGGGCUCACAAGCUCACCACCCCCAACCUCAUCGUAUUUCUUUCUCAACAACAUCCCAUUCAACGCCCGUGACCACGGUCGUGCAGCAUGGAAGCCGCUCACGCCCAGGAGUAUCAUGUUCGCGACCUGCCCACGCGGUCCAUUACGCUUUUCCCGACCCGUGCCCAAGUCGUGCGGGACAUCCGAAACGUCGUCCUCAAGCCCGGCCUGAACCAUAUUACCGUCGUUGGUCUGACUCCCACCGUCGAUGAGCACUCCAUCAAGGUUGAAGGCACUGGCGCCGCAGUCAUCUCCGAUAUCUCAGUCCAGCUGCUCGACAACGCAGACAUCUUUCAAGAGAUCUAUCCUGAUUCUGACAAGGAUGACUCCGACCAGUCAGAUGAUGAUGACGGUCAGGAUGCUUCGGCCAAGGAUUCCGACGACGAAUCCCUCACCCCAGCCAGGAAGGAGCUGAAGGCGGUGGAGGAGAAGCUCGUGGCUUUGCAUGAUGUCCUCAAGAGAGAUGAUGAGGUUGUGUCUAACGCAGACAAGCGUCUGAAACUGCUCGAGGAGUAUGGAAAGAAAGUUACGCCCAAGUCCGGAGCUGACGUUGGCGAGCUCGUUGAUGUCUAUGAUGCACAGCGACGCAAGACCUUCCAGGAACGCAUGGAUGCAACGCUCCGCCAGCGAGAGCUCAAUACCGAGGUUUCCAGCCUUGAGAAGAAGAGGUCCAGGCUCCUUGCCCAGACUGCAAAGGAGGACAAGAAGCGCAACAAGGCCGCUCGGAAGGAGGCCGAGGCGAAGCGCAAGAAGAAUCAGCUCCUCAUUGCCCGCCUUGAGAAGAAAGAGAAGGAGCAGGCACGUAUCCACGCCGAACGGUGCAAGUUCUGGCCGCGCUCUUGCUAUACCGUCCGCAUCACUCUUGACGCAACCCAGUACACGCCCAUCUCGUCCCGCCGGUCUUCGUUCGCCUCCGUGACCGAUCUUGUGAAGCCUGUCGCCGACGAGCCCAGCGAAGCUGCAUCCCCAGGCACCGAGGCUCCGUCUUCAACCUGUGACAUCUCCCUCUCCUACGUCACGUCCGCGGCAUUCUGGUCCCCAUCCUAUGACCUGCAACUCAACACCACUACCAACACUGGCACCCUGUUCUUCGACGCCCAGCUCACCAACAACACCUCCGAGACGUGGAAGGACUGCAAGAUCAUCCUCUCUACCUCCCAGGCCGUCUUUUCUGGCCUGCAGGACGACAUCCCGAAGCUCGUGCCGUGGCGUAUCAAGCUCGCCAGGAGGUCCGAUGACUACUCCGCUGGUGACAUCACAAACAGCCCCGAGGAGGUGGCACAGCGGGCCGCGAACAUUAACGCGGCUUGCUUCACGUCCCAUGAAAGGCACGGAGUCCACCUGAUUGGGCUGCCCGGCCAGCCUUUCCCGAACGGCAACACACAAUUCAGGAAACAGGCCCGGGCGGUUGGCGGCACGAAUCACGAUUUGCAGGACUACCAGAUGCAACUGAUGUUACUGGAACAGCAGGGUGUUAGGCGAACGAUGAGGGCACGGCAGGAGGAGCCUCCGGCGCAUCCUGCGCAGAUGAGGAAGGUUCAGCCGCAGGCGCAACAGCAACAACAGAUGCAGAUGCAACAGGCGCAAGCGCAAUCAAACAAUGCAUUCGGUCCGUUCGGUAACGCGCCAGCCCACACCGUGACCACCUUGUUCGGUGGUGCCCCGAGCGGUGCCAACCAACAAACCGGCGGCGGGCUGUUCGGUGCCCAGAGCCGUGCCAUCCAACCAGCCAGCAGCCUGUUCGGUGCCCCGAGCGGUGCCAACCCACCUCCUCCCGCGGCUGCGAAUACAAACGCUGGCGUCUUCGCCGACAAGAUUCCGCAAGACUGUGACUACGACCAUGCCAACCAGCUGGACACUGAGGACGCGCUCCAGGACUUUGAUUUCGACAAAUUCCUCCACUUCGAGGAGUCGGCGGUCGAGGAGAUGGGCAUGACGACGACGUACGACCUCCCGGGCAGCAAGACGCUCGCCCCCAGCAGCAACGCCUCCAAGCAGCGCGUGGCCAGGAUCCUCUUCAGCAACGUCGGCUUCAGCCACACCGUCGUGGCCAAGUACCGCCCCGCCGCCUUCCUCAGGGCCAAGCUGCGCAACGCGAGCAAGCUGUCGCUGCUCCGCGGCCCCGUGGGCCUCACCCUCGACGGCACCUUCAUGGGCCGCUCGUCGCUGCCGCACUGCCCAAGCGGCGACUCGUUCAACAUGAGCCUGGGCGUCGACCCCACCAUCAGGGUCAUCUACCCCAACGCGGACGUCAAGCGCGGCCAGACAGGUGUCUUCUCUAAGGAGGACAGCACCGGGUACAGGCGAUCCGUCACCAUCACCAACACCCGCGGCGCCACCUCCCAGACCAGCGGCGACGGCACCACCACCACCAGCAGCAGCAGCUCCAAGCCCGUCCGCCUCAUCGUCCUGGACCAGGUCCCCGUCAGCGAGGACGACAAGCUGCGCGUCGACAUUGCGAGCCCGCGCGGCCUGUCCGAGGGCGGCAGCGGCGUCAGCACCGGAUCCCAGCACCAGGUGGCUGGCCCCAAGGACGGCGGCAAGGGCGGCUGGGGCACGGCCGUCGCGACGCUCAAGAAGAGCGGCGAGGUCCGCUGGGACGUCGAGCUGCACCCCGGCAAGGGCGUCAAGCUGGACCUCGAGUACGAGGUCUCGUUCCCUCUUGGGGACAAGGCCGUUCAUUCGACUAACUCGAAGUGAGUUGAAGCGCGGGCAACAGAAUUGGCGUUUUUGUUGUUGUCCAAGGCUUUGAGGCACAUCGGGGAAUGAAUGGUGGUGGGCAUCAGGAUGAAGUAAUGGCUUGGGUUAUCGGAUUUGAGGUCUGGAGCGAAUUUUGGAUGCGAAAAGAAAAUGACAGCAAUUAGCCACUCAGUACUUUGGGUUUCCGUCUAGGCGUCGAGAGCUUUGCAAUUAGGUAGUUAGGUAGUCUGGCACCAAUGUGUCACAUCAAUUGAGACCAUGAGCCAC